CAAACUUCCAGCUGUGGGAGAAGUCACUUGAUGGCUCCACCCUGCUCACAGCUGGAGAGCAUUAAAGAGGAGGCGGGCCCAGGGGCCAGCUCUCCGAGCUGCUACCCGCGAUGCUGCUGCUGUGGAUGUGGACGAUCGCGGCCUCGGCGGUGGCUGCGCCGGCCCCUAGGACAGAGGGGCAGAGGCUGCGCGCGGCCCAGGCGCCCAACGUGGUGCUGGUCGCGAGCGACGCCUUCGAUGGAAGGCUAACAUUUCAUCCAGGAAGUCAAGUGGUGAAACUUCCUUUUAUCAACUUCAUGAGAACACACGGCACUUCCUUUCUGAAUGCCUACACAAACUCUCCGAUCUGCUGCCCGUCACGCGCAGCAAUGUGGAGUGGCCUCUUCACUCACCUAACACAAUCUUGGAAUAAUUUUAAGGGUUUAGACCCAAAUUAUACAACAUGGAUGGACGUCAUGGAAAAGCAUGGUUACCGAACACAGAAAUUUGGAAAACUGGAUUAUACCUCAGGACACCACUCCGUUAGCAACCGCGUGGAAGCGUGGACGCGGGACGUGGCUUUCGCGCUCAGGCAGGAAGGCCGGCCGACGGCGGAGCUCGUCCCCAGCCAGCAUGAAGUGCGAGUGAUGGCCAAGGACUGGAAGAACGUGGAUGCGGCGGUGGCGUGGCUACGAACACAAGGAGUUAACCAGACGGAGCCGUUUGUUCUCUACCUGGGCUUGAAUUUACCGCACCCCUACCCUUCACCUUCCUCCGGAGAAAACUUUGGGUCCUCAACAUUCCGCACCUCUCUCUAUUGGCUUGAAAAAGUAUCUCAUGAUGUCGUCACAGUCCCCAAGUGGCUGCCUCUGUCAGAAAUGCACCCUGUAGAUUAUUAUUCUUCUUAUACAAAAAACUGCACUGGGACGUUUACAGACAAAGAAAUUAAGAACAUUAGAGCUUUCUAUUACGCUAUGUGUGCUGAGGCAGAUGCCAUGCUUGGUCAGAUUAUUUUGGCUCUCCGCCAGCUAGAUCUUCUUCAGAAAACUAUUGUCAUAUACACCUCAGACCACGGUGAGCUGGCCAUGGAACACCGACAGUUUUAUAAAAUGAGUAUGUAUGAAGCCAGUGCUCAUGUUCCGCUUCUGCUCAUGGGACCAGGGAUUAAGGCCAACCUACAAGUACCAAGUGUGGUUUCUCUUGUGGAUAUUUACCCUACUAUGCUUGAUAUCGCUGGAAUUCCUGUGCCUCAGAACCUGAGUGGAUACUCUUUGUUGCCGUUAUCAUCAGAAGUGGUGAAGAAUGAACAUCAACUUACAGACUUUCAUCCACCCUGGAUUCUGAGUGAAUACCACGGGUGCAAUGCAAACGCUUCUACCUACAUGCUUCGGACCAGCCAGUGGAAAUACAUCGCCUACUCUGACGGUGCUUCAGUGCUGCCUCAACUAUUUGAUGUUUCCUCGGAUCCAGAUGAACUAACAAACAUGGCUACAAAAUUUCCAGAAAUUGCGUAUUCUUUAGAUCAGAAGCUUCGUUCCAUUAUAAACUACCCUAAGGUUUCUGCUGCUGUUCACCAAUACAACAAAGAGCAGUUCAUCACAUGGAAACGGAGUGUGGGCCAAAAUUACUCAAAUGUCAUAGCGAACCUCAGGUGGCAUCGGGACUGGCUGAAAGAUCCAAGGAAGUACGAAAGUGCAAUCGGUCGGUGGCUGAAAGCCCACACCACUCCAGAAGCAGUAAGAAGAAAAUAAUGCUGCAUACAAAUGUCGAUAAAUAAACAAAUAAAUGGAAAAAAUGUCAGUACAUAUUGUAAGUUGAAGUUUGAGUACUGAUUUUUAGUUACUUUUAAAGAAUUGUUGUAUCAUUAAAUACAAUGCCAGUGAUUAUAGAAUUGCAUAUUGUUAAAAAUAGUAAGACUAUUCUUACCAACUUCUUGUUUUUUGGUUUUUGGGUUUUUGGUACUGGGACUCAAACUCAGGACUUUGCGCUUGCCAGGUAGGCACGUAUGUUGCUGAGCUAUCUCCCCAGCCCACUAUUCUUACCAACUUCUACACCUAACAGAAGUAUCAGAAGGAUAGAUACAAACACUAUAAUAUAAAAGUGAUAUUUCUCUAAAUAAUGUAGAUUGUAAAAUAUUUUUAUUAUUUUUACUUACUAAUCAGGAAAUAUGUAUUUGAUGGUGUUUGAUAGUUAUUUGUACUUGAUGGGACCAUUUGAAUAUAUUUGAUGGGAGUUUUAAGAGUAUUAUUACAGGUGACCUGGGCCCCAACCCCAUACCCAGUGGCUCAGGAGUUUAGGGUGAAGACUGGGUACCAUCUGCGGCUGCUGUUUUGUUUGCGAAGACCUGAUUGCCAGAAGUGAAUUUAUUUCCAGUGUUUGUCAUUUUAUCAGUUAUUGUUAAUAUUAUUUUAAAUGCAUCUUUCAUUAUAUCUUCUGAUUGUCUGUACAUACAUAUGUAGCUCUCUAUAUUGUUGUAUACUAAAACACCUUAUUGUUUAUAGCAAUAUAAUUGUACUUUAUAUUUUCCAAAUAAAGGGCUCACCUGCAACUAAUAAUUUUACCCAACGUUUUUGUACUGCUUGAAUUAUUACUUCAUAAGCCAGUUCAUCUCCUUUACUUUUUAUUCAUCAUUGAAUUUAUAUAAGCUUGUGUCUCUGAUUAUUUAUAAAUUUUUG